AUGUUGCGAUCGCUGAAGUUAAAUUCCGAAAUGACGACCUCGUUUUGUCAUUUAUUCCUUAUAGGAAGAUUUGAAUUAAAGCGUGCUUUUACUACUUCAGCACCAGUAAAAAAUAUUAAGCAAUUUUGCGCUGACCUUGCGAAAAGAAAUCUUAUUUCUACCUCACAUCCACCAAAUUUGUCGAGUGAUGAUUUUAAAAUAGUAUCAACUCUCCCCGAUGUUAUUUAUGCAGGAUUUGAUCCUACAGCGGAGAGCCUUCAUAUUGGUCAUUUACUAAUAUUAACGAACUUAUUUCGAGCAGCUUUGCACAGGUGUCAUGCAAUUGCCCUGAUCGGUGGAGCCACUGCACAUGUUGGAGAUCCGAGUGGUCAUAUUACAGAUCGAAAUAUUGUUCCGGGUCAUGAAAUCGACCAAUACGUUAGGAAAAUCAAUUUGCAAUUAGUAAGGUUAUUUAAUAAUUUCACAGAAAAUAAUGUCCCAGCGAGGAAGCAUCAUCUAUCGAUCGUCAAUAAUUCUGAUUGGCACUGCAAGAUGAGCUCCAUUCGAUUUCUAGAAGUCUGUCGUGAUUUUCGAUUAGGUGAUAUGCUUAGAUUGGGAAUGGUCAAAUCCCGGAUGCGCGACGGGUCAGGCCUUUCUUGCACUGAAUUUUUAUAUCAGAUACUUCAGUCAUAUGAUUGGUAUCGCCUUUCGCGUGACUAUAACUGUCACUUUCAAAUAGGUGGAAAUGACCAACUCGGCCAUUUUGACGCUGGUUACGAUUAUAUAAAAAGGAAAACUGGGAAGAUAUCUGCCAGCAUUUGUUUGCCUUUACUUACUGAUGCUCAAGGGAAAAAACUCAGCAAAACUUCAAAAGAACAUAGUAACAUAUGGCUAGACGAACGAAAAACAUCGCCUUUCACUUUUUACCAGUAUUUUCGUCAGAAACCAGACUCAGUUAUCAUUCCCUUGCUAAAGCACUUUUCUUUGCAAACUAUCGAAGAAAUCGAAGAAAUUGAACGGGAGCACCAAGCAAAUUUAGGAAAGUGGAUCGCUCAAGAGAAAUUAGCGGAAGAGUUGACAAAGCUUGUACAUGGAAGUAAUGGGUUGAAAAUUGCAAAACAAUGCUCGAAAAUGCUUUUUAGCGAUUCUCUUUCUGAAUUGCGGAAGAUGCCAACUUCGUUUAUAGAAGAACAGUUCGGUACUGCAUCUGUACAGCAGCUUUUUCGAUCCAGGUUUUCAACAAUAGGGGAAUUAGCGGACAAAGUACAUAGUGGUGACGGAUCUAGCAUAAAUAAAAUGAAAACAGGAGCUUUGAAGUUGAACGGAAUACAGUUUACAAAUCCUGAUGAAGUGAUCGAUUUCGACAAGAUUUGUUUGAAUGGCAAAAAUAUCACACUUGUUUGUUGGGGUAAACGAAAGUAUCAUUUAAUUAAAUGGAUUGGUUGA